GAUUAUUAUUAAUGAAAUUCGAGUACUUUUAUCAAGACGUUAACUAUAUUGUUGUUAAUAAUUGUAUGGACUAAGUAGGUAGGAUAAAAAAAAAAGUAUGUAGGCUAGACGUCAAUUCAUUCGGGCAAAACAACAUUGGCCGUGUCUUGUGUGUACAAUAAUUCAAUUCUUAAGUGUUAACGCGCGGAACAACGCAAUCGUUUCCUGUUCAUGUUAUUUCUAUAUCAAGGCUGAUAAUGUUUAAUAGUUGCCAAAAAUAAAAAGAAUUAUUUAUUUUAAAUGUUUAAUAUACAAAUAAUAGGAUAUGAGAAAAUUCACCAGCCACACCGUGCCUCAUGAUGGCAAUUGACAAAAAUAAUGAAUACUCCAAUAAUACCAGGCAAGUAAUAAACAGUUUGUUAUCCGGAGCUGUUGCCGGCGCUUUAGCCAAGAGUACUAUAGCUCCUUUGGACAGGACAAAAAUAAAUUUCCAAAUAUCAAAUGUGCCAUAUUCAGCGAAAGCGGCGUAUAAAUUCUUGUCAGAGACUUAUGCGAGAAAUGGGUUUUUCUGGUUAUGGCGUGGAAAUACGGCUACUAUGACCAGGAUUAUUCCUUAUGCUGCAAUUCAGUUUACAGCAUUCGAACAGUGGCGUAAAGUUCUGAAGGUCGAUUCUACAAACAUAAAUAACAAUGGAGGCCGAAAGUUUAUUUCUGGUUCAUUAGCCGGAGUGACAUCACAAACCUUAACCUAUCCUUUGGACUUGGCGAGAGCACGCAUGGCUGUUACUACCAUAAAUGAAUACAAAUCAUUAGGAGAUGUAUUCAAAAAAACAUACCUAGAGGAAGGUGUAAAAGGCUUUUAUCGAGGUUAUGUACCAACGAUACUAGGCAUUAUACCGUACGCAGGCACGAGUUUUUUUACGUAUGGAACAUUAAAAGCGUUCAUCAAAGAUAAACACGGAUACGAAAAUGCGUUUGUUAAUUUAUCGUGCGGAGCGGUGGCCGGUAUGGCUGGACAAUCGUCUUCCUAUCCUCUAGACAUAAUCAGACGAAAGAUGCAGACUUCAAUAAUUACCGGAAACAAUUACAAAAGCCUUAGGACUACGUUUUGGAUAGUAUACAGGUCCGAAGGUAUAAUCCAGGGAUUUUUCAAGGGCUUAAGCAUGAAUUGGAUAAAAGGCCCUAUCGCUACUGGAAUAAGUUUCUCUACUUAUGAUUUUAUCAGUACUAGACUAAAAAAAAUGUGAAAGUCGAUAUUGUUUAUAUAUAUAACACAGUCGUGCCUUGUAAUGAAUUGUUACCAUUUUAUAGCUAAAUCAUUUUUUUUGAUUUUGAAUCCAAAUUUGUUUAAUGAUUCAAGAAAAAAACAGACGAACAUUUUUAAUUUGUAACUAUAAUAUCUAGUCACAACAUCUCAAAUCGGCAAGGCUUUAAAAUUCCUAUCGUAACUUUUGAAAAUUGUUUUUGUGUUCCAAGACGGAUUGUUAAUAUUGUUAGGUUGAAUGUUUAGUUUAUAAAAAUAUUUAUGGGGGAUUUUUUUUUAAAAGGAAAAAUAUUUUUAAGGGACAUGUAAUAAGCACAUAAUAAACAUGUAUUUAAGUAUAAAUUAUUAUUUCAAACAGUGUUGACUGUUGUAAUAAUGAAAUUAAUUGUUUAUUAAUUGGUUUCCCAAUGACUAACAAACAUUUGUUAACAACCAAAAGGAAUAGCUCAAUAUAUUAAUGCCUGUUAUUUUUAUAAAUAAAAAAAAGUUAUUGUUAAA